GCAGGUCAAAGAGCGCGGCCAUGGAGGCUGCACAGACGUAAACAAAGCUCCUGGAGGACAGCUCGGUGAGAUUAUGUGGUUAUUAUCCAGAAACGCAGCGACGCUGCAGAAGAACCGCAGACACUUCUGGGGUUGGCUCAACGCAGUCUUUAACAAGGUGGACUACGAGAGGAUCAAGGCCGUGGGUCCGGACCGAGCCGCGGCUGAGUGGCUCCUGAGAUGCGGAGCCAAAGUCCGGUUCCAGGGCUUUGAGCGCUGGCAGCAGGACUACAACGGGCUGCCCACCGGGCCGCUGGGCCGCUACAAGAUCCAGGCCAUCGACGCCACCGAGUCCUGCAUCAUGCACCGCGGCUUCGACCACCUGGAGGGACUGAAAUCAUUGGAGGAGAUGAAACUGUGUAAGUGCAUCUACAUCGAGGACGCCUGCCUGGAGCGGCUGAGCAGCAUGCCCAACCUGCAGGAGAGCCUGGGCCUGCUGGAGCUGGUGUCGUGUGGAAACGUGACGGACCGGGGCGUGACGGCGCUGCACCGGCUCAGGAACCUGGAGUACCUGGUGCUCAGCGACCUGCCGGGAAUCAGGGACAAGGAGGCGACGACUGAGAGGCUGAAGACGGCGCUGCCCCGGCUGGAGGUGGUGAUGGACCUGGACUGAUGGGGGGGCCGGGACCGGUCGGACAGACUGGACGGUCCUUCUGCUCUGUGAAUUUGUUUGUGUGUGUCUUUACUGAAGACAGAAAACGUUUAACUUAAAUCUAUGGUAUGAAGCCUUUUAUUAGUAAAAAGGCUUUAUACUAAUAAAAAAAUA